AUGAGCGGGAUCAACGACUUGUCACCAUCUUUGGGCACGCCAUCUGGGUCUAUCGCUGGCGGUGCAACGGAGCCAACGGUACCUAUUGUGCUCACUACGAGUCUGGACCAAUAUGCGAUUCCAUCGGGGCCAUACAUGGUGCCUGUCUCAUGGCGUCGUACACACCUAUCUACGCUUGUCAAUAGGCUGGUUUCCGCAUCCGAUGCAGAUACUGCGCGAGCUGCGAUCCCGUUUGACUUUAUCGUCCACUCGUCACUGCUCCGCACCACGCUGGGCGAAUACCUCGAAUCGAGUGGCCUCACCUCCGAAUCAACGCUCACCAUCGAAUACGUCCGAUCCACUCUUCCUCCCACGCGUCUAGCCGCGUUCGAACACGACGAUUGGGUCGCCUCGAUCGACUGUUCGUUCGCGCUCGCAAACGUGUACAUGACGAGCAGCUACGAUGGAUCGGUCCGAUUAUUUUCGCCCUCGAACCCGACCCAAGCGGAGCACACAUGGAGUACCAUCAACAAGGCCACGGUUCAGGGUGGCAAAAACACGAGCUUGUGCAGUGCAAAGUGGACGCCGCCAGCCGAUGGCUUGGUAACUGGUGGUAUGGAUGGUAGGGUACAGUUGUGGAGUGUAGAGCAGGUGGAGCACGAGUGGACGACUCGCUUGAAAUGGCAGGGCGAAGCGCAUAAUGCGCCGGUAGCCGCAGUGGAUACUGCGCAGGGUCCGCAGGGCUCAAGCGUGUUGAGUGCAGGCUGGGACGGUAUCGUUGCGGUUUGGGAUGAUCUUAUCGGCACCACUGGCGUUGAUUCGGAUCAAGAUGUCGAGCAACAGGACGACGACGAUGACGACGACGAUCCAACAUCCAAGCGCAGAAAGACGUCGAGCAACGGCAGAAAAGCUGUAAAAACCUCUUCUUCAGCCACGAAACGAGGCAUUAUCGAUGCGACCAUGAUCCUUUACCACGCGCAGCCGACCGCACAUGCGGUUACAGGCGCCAAGAACGUGUUGACCGCCACUUCGCGCGUCACCUCGGUGGAAUUCGAGCGUUCUUCCAGCGCCAAGAACAGCAAUCGAGCGUGGAGUAUCGGCUACAACGGCGUGCUUAAAGGGUGGGACCUGGGAUCGGGUGGUAUUGCCCACACGUCACUCUCGCUACCCAGUUCGACGGCUGAAUCGCGACCGAUGCUAUCAUUGACACAGCUCUCAGCGUCGACACUGGCUGUGGGAUCGAUGGAUCGAGCGAUCCACUUGUUCGAUACGCGCUCCUCGAGCAGCGCAGGUACACUGGGAGUGAGCAUCUCGAAUGCGCAUCGUGGUCCCAUUGACGCGUUGGCAGCGCAUCCGUUGGAUUCGAACCUUUUCGCAAGCGCAAGUGGGCUCGAGUGCGGCGUCAAGGUUUGGGAUGCAAGGAGCAGUAAGAAGGCCUUGUUUACCUUGGAUACCGCGGCUGUGGGUGGCGACAAGCGAGAUGACAAGGGCGUCUUGGCGCUCGAUUGGUCUCGAGACGGUCAAGAGGUGGUUGCCGGUGGAAAGGAUAAGCGCAUCACUGUGUUCCGCGGAAGUGCUAUCGGGCAGAGCGAUCAACGUGCAUAA